AUGGAGGCUCCCCCAGACUCACAGCUGGAAGCUUCCAGGAAGGCGCAGGGUGCCUUCCGCGUUCUCCCCACGGUGGCUUCGUCCCUCCCCUUCAACACCACGUGUCCAUACUGCGGCAAUUUUGUCCUCACCACCACCAGUGCCACCCCGGGCCUGCUCAACUGGCUGCUGUGUACCACACUCUUCCUGUUAGGGUGCGUGCUAGGCUGCUGCCUGCUGCCUUUCUGCAUAGAGGAGUUGAUGGACGUGAGGCACAGGUGCCCCGUGUGUCGAAAGCAGAUCUACCGUUACCGUCGUCUGUGA